GGUCUGUCAGCUGGUGGAUGUAAAUAAAGAGUAAAUAGCUGCUGGAUGUUUCUCUUCCGCAUUUGUUUUUAGCUCGGCUGCUGACAGUUCCACCACCUGUCGAAGAGUUCACUGGAAGCAGAGUCAUGGAGAUCCGCGGACGUAGAAAAAUCGCAGGAUUAUACGAAUUAACCGCACCAACAGGAAAUCAGGGACCGUCUGCAAAUGGCUGUCUAAUACAGAGGGCGCACCUCCUUAUACUGGAUAUCAGUACUUUGUCAACAGUAUAUAGUCAUGGAAGAAAUGAUUAGACCAUCCUUGUUUUCUUCAGUUUCUUGUUCAUUUUAAUGCCUGGUACCACUAAAGGUAUAUUACCUGAAGAAUACAAUGAACAUGACAAAAAAUGUAGAUGAUUCCAUAAUACUUUAUGUCCUAUUUGACAUGCUCAAGCUUAAUUAUAUUCCCAGGGUCUAUAAGAGGCCAUUUCAUGUCAUCAGCAGCACUGCACAUGCAAAGGCCUACAGUGGUUUCCUGCUGACAUUCAAGCUGUAGCACAACUCAGAAGUUGUCAGCGCUCACAUAACCCCUAAAACUAAAGAAUUAUGUGAAGCCACAAAGGCAGCCAUCUUGGCACUGCUGGGAAUUGGCUUGAGUGAGAGAUCUGAGAAAAAACUCAAGAUCUCCAAGACGAGUUCAUUACACCAAGGAAAAACAAGUCCAACGUGGUUCUACCAAACUGCUGGCUGGUCGUGGCAGGAAACGUCUUUCUACCCACCAGAUGACCGUGCAUUCAUCUGUUCCUGUGUCAGAAAUCGUCAUCAGACCUCCAGGGACCUUAAAAAUGAGUGACCACUCUCGAGAAAUGUGACUUGUUCGGCAAGGACAGUUGGAAACCGACUUGUUGAAGCUGGUCUAAAGUCACACAGGGCACAGAAGAAGCCCUUCAUCGGCAAAAAGCAGAGGAAAGCCCAGUUACUCUUUGCUCACAAGGAUUGGACUGUUGAUGAUUGGACUAAGCUUCUGUUCAGUGAUGAAUCCAAUUUUCAGUUGAUGCCCACUCCAGCCAACUUACUGGUUAGGAGGAAACCUGAAGAAGCUACAAACCAGACUGUCUGCCCCUACAGUAAAACGUGGGGGUGGAUCAGUGAUGAUCUGGGGUUGUUUCAGUAUAAGUGGAACAGGGCAAAUGCAAUUGUGUGAAGGGCCAGUGAACCAGGUCAUGUACAGGGCUACUUUUGAACACAGUCUUCUUCCAUCAGCUGGAAAACUCUUACCUGCCUCCAAUGACUGGAUUUCCCAACAAGACAAUGCUGCUUGCCACACGACAAGGAGCUGGAGCGGCAGUAUUCCCCCAGCAGGUGGUCCCACAGGAUGUCUGCAGACGACGUGAUCAAGGCCCAUGUGAAGGCGCUGAAGGAAGGUACUGAACAAGCCCGAGAUCUGGCUCAGACUUUACUCAAUGUGCCAUAUGGGGAAGGAGAUGGUGAAAAACUGGACGUCUACAUACCCAAAACCAACUCUUUGGACGUCCAUCUAGUCGUUUACCUACAUGGAGGCUACUGGCAGUUCCUCAGCAAGGAGGAGUCUGGAUUCAUGGCCGUUCCUCUUAUUGAUAAAGGCGUAGUGGUGGUUGCCGUUGGUUACGACAUCGCGCCCAAAGGUAACAUGGACCUGAUGGUGUCACAAGUGCGCAGGAGUGUUGUGUCUGUGGUGCAGCAAUAUUCUCACAUCAGUGGUCUGUACCUGUGUGGACACUCUGCUGGGGCUCACCUGGCUGCAAUGGUUCUCUCCACUGAUUGGUCGCAGUACAGCAUCACACCUCAGAUCAAAGGUGCUUUCCUUGUGAGUGGCAUAUAUGACCUCCUGCCCAUCCUGUCCACCUACGUCAUGGAACCCCUGAAGAUGACAGAGGAGGUGGCGGUGAGGAACAGCCCUAGCAAACUGGUCCCUCAGCUCAAACUCUCCUCCUCCAGCUGCCAGAUUGUUGUGGCUGUCGCUGAGAACGACUCGCCGGAGUUUCGCAAGCAGUCCGAAGAAUACUAUAAAGCUUUGGAAGAGUCAGGACUGAGUGUGACCAUGGAGGAUGUGGCGAAUACAGACCACUUCAAUAUCAUUGAGCAGUUGGUAGAUGGAGAGUAUCACCUAACAAAGCUUCUCCUGAAGAUGAUGGGGAAGAACUGACGUGUUUGAGUCCUUGUCUGCAUACGUUUGUACCCCUGAACAGUCCUUGUGCAGGAUACUGAUAAAAUAUGCAUUGAGUCAGGUUUGUACUAUAGUACGUGUACAAUUUCUGUCCUUUUGAAUAAACAACAAGGUGGCGUGGCUUGUUGUAACUGUUUAGUGCACUAUUUCAGUAUUUAGAAUGAACUUUGUAGUUACUGUUGUCAAAAAAAAGGCCUAAAUACAUGUUGUAUGUUCCAAUGACAUUGACAUCUUUGUGCCUAAAACCUUGUCAUUUCAAGGAAUGGUGACUGUAGCAAAUUUUACUGCUCAUAUGUAGUUGUAAACAGAGCAUUUUAAUCAUGCACAAUGUUAUUGUCAGGAAACUCAAUUCAAUUGCGUGCUGAAUGUUGUAGAGUUGGUUGUUAGUUUUGGCAUAUUUCCAGUGUUUUGUAAAUGGGUGAGAUUGUCUGGUGUGUUUUUUUUUUUCCUGUGACAAUCUGCACCUUAAUUUAAGUCCAUGGUUUGGACAAGAAUAUGAAAUCAUGUCAAGAGUAGAGACAUAUCUUCUGCUAUCUGAAUGUAGCUUUUAAUUGUAACUUCCACAAUGCGGAUAUCUCACCCAGGGAACUUGACUGUGAUGUUGGUCAAAGAUGAUAAUGAAAAGUAUAUAUUUUCACUUUUUAUUUGAGCCUAACUCUAAUAUUCAAAUAGACAUCUUUUUAGACAGAAAAUGUAACUAAAUUUUACUUGAUGCACAUCAUUACUGGUCGCCAUUAAUAUAGCAUCUUACAUGAUUGUUUACAUUAUUAUUUAGUCCAUGUUCUAAUAAUCAUGAUUGUAGAUUAUAAAGAGAACAAUCACAAUAAAUAUUUAUAUUUGACAAUG